GAAAAACAAAAAAAAAAGUGGACGAUAAAACUGAAGAAGAAAAGAGGAGUGAGUGAGUGAGAGAGUGGGUGGAUUUUGAUGGCGGCGACGUUCAAAAAAGCGUCGAAAGAUCUAAUCGCUGAGGUUCGGAGAUGGGCUGCCAUGAAACAAACAGGCGUCAGCCUCCGUUACAUGACCGAAUUCGGCUCCCGCCCCACGCCUCGUAAUCUCCUCAUCUCUGCUCAAUUCCUCCACAAGGAGCUCCCAAUUCGCGUCGCCCGCCGCGCCGUCGAGCUCGAAUCUCUCCCCUACGGCCUCUCCCUUAAACCCGCCGUUUUAAAGGUAAGAGAUUGGUAUUUGGAGUCUUUCCGCGAUAUUAGAUCCUUUCCAGAAAUCAAAGAUAACAACGAUGAGUUGGAUUUCACACAAAUGAUUAAGAUGGUUAAAGUCAGACACAACAAUGUGGUUCCUAUGAUGGCUUUGGGAGUGCAACAGUUGAAAAAAGAUCUGAAUCCAAAAAUUGUUUACGAAGAUCUGGAUGAAAUUCAUCAAUUUCUGGAUCGGUUUUACAUGUCUAGAAUUGGGAUACGCAUGCUUAUUGGGCAGCACGUCGCCUUGCAUGAUCCGGAUCCUCCUCCCGAUUGUGUUGGAUAUAUACAUACUAAAAUGUCCCCGGUUGAGGUUGCAAGAAAUGCUAGUGAGGAUGCCCGUUCCAUUUGCUUGCGAGAAUAUGGCAGCGCCCCAGAUAUUAACAUCUACGGAGACCCUAAUUUCACAUUUCCUUAUGUUCCCACUCACUUGCAUCUAAUGGUGUUUGAGUUGGUAAAGAAUUCACUGCGUGCUGUUCAAGAAAAAUAUAUGGACUCAGACGAUGUUGCACCUCCCGUGAGGAUAAUAGUUGCUGAUGGAUUGGAAGAUGUAACGAUUAAGGUAUCGGAUGAAGGAGGUGGAAUAGCCAGAAGCGGUCUUUCAAAGAUUUUCACCUAUCUUUAUAGCACUGCAAAGAAUCCCCUCGAUGAUCAGUCAGACGUUGACCCUGAAACAGCGACAACUAUGGCAGGUUAUGGUUAUGGUCUUCCUAUAAGCCGUUUGUAUGCCAGGUACUUUGGAGGGGAUCUGCAAAUUAUCUCUAUGGAAGGAUACGGGACCGAUGCUUACCUCCAUCUGUCACGGUUGGGAGAUUCUCAAGAACCUCUUCCUUGAGCUUUAAACCAUUAUUGAGAAUGAUAUGUAGAGGCACAGGUUCACUAUUCUUCCAACUGUACAUUUUCUUGUAUGUGGUGGUGUUAUUUUUUUUUAUGCAAUAAAACGCAUGUGUGCUUUCAACAAAAGAUGAUUCAUGCCCAAAUCUUUGGUUGGAUCCUCUAUAUGUAUGUAUCUGAAUAUGUAACUAGAUGUAUACUAUUCCCUCCUCUGUUUCAUUCUAGGCGACACAUUUUUCA